AUAUUUUUUCGUCGAAAUCUUUGCUCAAUUCAUUGGACGAACGUUUUCACUUGAUUUCAGUACAAAAUGGCUUCAUUCUUGGCACGUACGAGCGGUCCCAUACUUGAAUCCGUUAGGCCAGCGACGGUUAAGAAGAUUCUUGGCCUUGCCCCUGUCGCCGUCCAACAGCUGAGAAACCUCAACGUACAGGAACAUGUCUCCUACAGUCUCCUCAACGAAAGCAAAAUCCCAACACCACGAUUUGCUGUUGCCAAGAACGGCAAAGAAGCGCACGAUAUUGCCACCAAGCUCAAGACAGACAACCUGGUGCUGAAGGCCCAGGUCCUGGCUGGCGGACGAGGCAAGGGAACCUUCAAAAACGGCCUUAAAGGUGGUGUGCGUGUGGUCUACGAUCCCAAGACAGCUGAGGAGAUCUCCGCCAAGAUGAUUGAUCAGUUGCUGAUCACCAAGCAGACGGGUGCUGCUGGACGAAUGUGCAAAAAGGUUAUGGUUGCCGAGAGGAAGUUCCCACGUCGUGAGUUCUACUUUGCCGUCAUGAUGGAGCGGGCUUUCAAUGGCCCCGUCUUGAUCGCUUCUAAGGAGGGCGGUGUGGACAUUGAGGAGGUGGCUGCCACCAGCCCCGAGGCCAUUCUGUAUGAGCCCAUCGACAUUGCCACUGGCCUGACCUGCGAGCAGGCUCAGAAAAUCAUCCAAAAGGUCGGCCUCGGCGGCGAGGGCGAGGAGCAGCAUGUCGAGAUGCUCCUGAACCUCUACAAACUGUUUGUCAACAAGGAUGCCCUUCUGGUUGAAAUCAAUCCUUAUGCUGAGGACGCCCUGUCUGGCUGCUUCUUUGCUUUGGACGCUAAGCUGCGAUUCGACGACAAUGCCGAGUUCCGUCAGAAGGAGCUGUUUGCGCUGCGCGAUUGGACCCAGGAGGACCCCAAGGAAGUCGAGGCUGCCAAAUACAAUCUGAACUACAUUGCUUUGGAUGGAACUAUCGGCUGCAUGGUGAACGGUGCCGGUUUGGCCAUGGCCACCAUGGACAUCAUUAAGUUGUACGGUGGCGAACCCGCCAAUUUCCUGGAUGUUGGUGGUGGUGCUACGGCCGAGGCUGUAAAGGCUGCCUUCAAGAUCAUCACCUCGGAUCCCAAGGUGCUCUGCAUUUUGGUCAACAUUUUCGGUGGCAUUAUGCGUUGCGAUGUCAUUGCCGAGGGCAUUAUUUCAGCCACCAAGGAUCUGAAUCUGAACAUGCCUGUGGUUGUGCGUUUGCAGGGAACCAAAGUAAAGGAGGCCCGUGAACUGAUCCGCACCUCUGGCUUGAAGAUUUUGGCUCGUGAUGAUUUGGACAAGGCUGCCGAUCUGGCCGUCCAUCUGGCGCAGAUCGUCAAGCUGGCCCGCGAAAUGAAAAUGGAUGUCAACUUCGAGAUUCCCGACAACCAAAAGGAGAAGGGUGGCAAGUCUGGAGGUGGUAAGGAUGGGAAGAAAUGUGAAAAGGGAGACGCCAAGAAAAAGGAUGAUAAAAAGGAUUGCACGCAAAAGGAAGAGAAAAAGAAGAAGCCCAAAAAGGAUGUUUGCGAAAAGAAGGAGGCCAAGAAGGAUGAUUCCAAGGGCAAGAAGUAGUAUUCUCCAUAUUAAGCCAAAAUCUGAACAAAAUGGGAUGGGCUACUGCACCCCAGAUGAAGCCAUAAUAAAAAUUCCAAAUCCAUGACUAUAUCGAA